AUGGCGGCUGAACCAGAUAACGACCCCGAGAUUGGCUCACUCAACGCUCAUCUGAAUGGCAAACCAUCCCAAGCCAUUGUUAUUACCCCAUCCCAGCAGUAUUCAGAAGAGGCCCCUAAUUCGACCGAAGAGGAUUACAUGUUGCGCGCACUCCCAUUUGUGCUGAAGGGUGAGGCUAACACAUGGUUAUUAAGGUUACCGGCCAAUUCUAUCCGCACGUGGGCAGACUUCAGACUGUUUUUCUUGGACUACUUCUUUCCCUCGAACAAGACGAAUGCUAUCAAGAAGGAAAUUCUAGCAUGCAGACAUGAUUAUGAUGAGUCCUUGAGCCAGUAUUGGUCACGUUUCAAGGGAUUGCUCGAUUCUAGCCCCAACAACCGAAUGUGCGAAGCAGAGGUCUACAAUAUUUUCUACGAAGGAGCGAAUCCAGAGUCGAAGGAUUUACUAAACUCUUCGAGCGGGGGGAAUUUCACAAAGAAACGUGUGAGCGAGGACAGAGAAAUUUUCGGAAGAUUGAUUGAUGCAAAGAAGGUGUAUGAUUCCCCUCGUACUAUCCUUAGAAAAGGAAAUGUGGAUGCAGUGAAUGUGCAAAAUGAGGAUAGAAUGGAUGCUAGGAUGGAUAAGCUGGAAAAGACUAUUGUGACCGCCUUAGGAAAAAAUAAUUCGCCGGCCCCAGCCAAAAAGGUCAAGCAAAUGCCAGUCUCAGAGGAAGGAUACCAUUGCUAUGGUCAGCCAGGAGAAGGAGAAAUUCAAGCUCAGGGACAUGGACCACCAUCAAGGACCGAAUACCAGUCGCCAAAAUCCAGGCAGUCGAAGAGCCUCGAUGAGAUGGUGAACGAUUUGGAUACUCAAGUGGAGCACAAGGCAACCAUGAACAUGCUGGCGAAGCAGUUAUCUCAGAUCGCGACUUCCCUAAGUGAAAUGUGCGGAAACGAAGGACGGAUUCCUGCCACAGUCAAGCCACCAGACAGGGCGAACAUCAGUCAAAUCACCCUUAGGUCUGGACGAGAGUAUAAAGGUCCGACAAUGAAGAUUGAUGACGGAACACCUCCUGUGGUGAGCAAGGAAAAGGAUAACCCAACCCCACAGAAGGAAGACACUGAAACAGGGGAAGCUAGAACAGAUGAUGAUAUCCAGAUCGGAGACUUAGGGAAACCAGUACCCCGAAUGGCUGACCCGUUUUUCCUAGACCCAGGAACUGAGGUGGAGGUUGAAGAAAUGAGGAAAGAGAAUGGAGAGUUCUCCAAGGGAGAUUCCAGCAACACGGUCAAACAAGUGAAGCCUUUUCCCUACCGAGGGGAGGCCAAGAAGAAAAAGGAUGACCCUGUGGAUUUCAUGGAAAUCUUAGGUAUGUUGGAAAUCAACCUGCCAUUUCUCCAGGCCUUGAAGCUACCUAUUUUUAGUAAAUUCAUCAAGGAGUUUAUCGCCGAGAAGACUAAACCCAAUGGCAAAAUAGUGAUCGGAGAAACUGUGUCAGCAGUGAUUCAAAAGCGGAGGAUGCCGUCAAAACGCACUGACCCAGGUAUGUUCACUCUUCCCAUUUCAAUUGGGGACAUUUGA